UCAGCAGCAUGUCUCUCCCCCAGCCUUUGAAAAGAACAUAGGACCAGAAGAGGAGAGGGUCAACUUACCAACUGCAACAAUUCCUCCUCUUCAGGGCGAUAACUGAACUUUUUUUGAACUGACAGAAAGCUGGAGCAGAAAGGGAGGUGCUUGGUCAGAGAAAAAAAAAGAUUGGAUACGUGCAGUAAAUGGAGCCUAGCACUUCGCUAGGAGCUCAGGUUUACACACUGUUUCCUGGGUUGAGCCGGAGCUGAGGAAACAUCCUCCCUUUUAUAAACACGAACUGUAGCACUCCUACACCAUCUUCCCCGCCACAUGUAAUCUCCCCUCCCUCAGAGAGACUGGGACAUCGGGGGAGGGUGGGGAUUGCGUGGGACAUCCUUUGCACUAGCUACGCCCCUACCAGGGGUUAGCCUUAACAAAAUCAUGGACUGUCUUAUCAAGGCAACAGAGAGCAGCAGAAGGCAGUGUGCGAGAGGUGGCAGAAAUCAGGGCACGGGUGGGGGGCAGAAGCGGAGCAGGUAGAUACACGCACCAAAGUGACUUACAAAGUGUAUAGGGGCCGCUAGCAACAGGCUGGGGGGAGAGCUGCACAAGCAGCAGUGCAUUGCUUGUAUUGUUCCGUUCUCUUGCGCUUACUGCGUGUCAAGCAGAGAUGACAGUGGAGCAAGUAGGGUGCCCGGCUAAGGGGGAGCAAGGGCUGGGAGCCAAUGAAGAGAUGUCCCCGCUUAACUCAGUGGAAGGGAAGGAGAAUGGGGAAAUGGACCCGGUAUCCAUCGAGGAAGAAAAGCUAAAGGCCAACGAUGAAAAGGACCCUGAGGCAGCCAAGGAGUCCGCACUGGAGGACAAGGAGUUCCAGCCCCCAGAAGGAGGCUGGGGAUGGAUGGUGAUGGUGGCAGCAAUGUGGUGCAAUGGCUCUGUGUUUGGCAUCCAGAACGCAUGCGGGGUACUGUUUGUGUCGCUCAUUGAAGAGUUUGGCUCGAAAGAUGACACGGAGAUGACAUUUAAGACAGCAUGGGUAAAUUCUCUGUCUAUGGGUAUGAUCUUCUUCUGCUCUCCUGUGGUCAGCAUAUUCACAGACAUAUUUGGGUGUCGAAAGACUGCAACGGUUGGGGCUGCAGUGGGCAUCGUUGGACUUCUCUCAAGUUCUUUUGUAAGCUCACUGGAACCCCUGUAUUUCACAUAUGGCAUAUUAUUUGCCUGUGGGUGUUCAUUUGCAUACCAGCCAUCACUUGUCAUCCUGGGACACUACUUCAAGAAACGCCUGGGACUGGUCAAUGGGAUAGUCACUGCAGGCAGCAGCCUGUUUACUGUCUCACUUCCCUUUGUUCUAAGGUUCCUGCUUGACAAGAUACGACUCUUUAAAACACUGCAGGUCCUGUGCAUCCUGAUGUUCAUUCUCUUCUUGGCUGGAUUCACAUAUAAACCACUGGUCCCCCGGCGAAGCAAUUUGGAAUUUAAGAAAAAUGGCAAGUUCAGGUGUCCAUCUGUCAAUAAACUCUUUAAUUUCUCUAUUUUCAAGUCUAGAAGCUACUGUUUGUGGGCCUUUGGAAUUCCAGCGGCCCUUUUUGGCUACUUUGUGCCUUACGUUCAUUUGAUGAACCAUGUAAGAGAGAGGCUUGGAGAAGAUGUAAAAGAAGAGGUUCUCUUAUUAUGUAUUGGUGUCACAUCUGGAGUUGGGAGAUUAAUUUUUGGAAGAGUUGCAGAUUACAUUCCUGGUGUAAAGAAAGUCUACUUACAGGUUGUUUCUUUUUUUUUUAUUGGCUUGAUGUCAAUGAUGAUUCCUUUGUGCCACAACUUUGGUGGGUUGAUUGCUGUCUGCCUUUUCAUGGGCUUGUUUGAUGGCUGCUUCAUAUGCAUAAUGGCUCCAAUUGCCUUUGAACUUGUUGGACCAGAGAAUGUUUCUCAAGCAAUUGGAUUUUUGCUUGGCUUUAUGUCCAUCCCUAUGACUGUUGGUCCACCUAUUGCAGGUAUUCUGCAUGACCGCCUUGGUUCAUAUGAUGUUGCAUUCUACCUGGCAGGCAUUCCUCCUAUUAUUGGGGGGAUUAUAUUAUGCCUGAUACCAUGGAUCCAUCAAAGGACUUUGCAGAAGAAAACAAUAGCUGUAAAUGGAGAUGCUGAAGAGAAAAUGCUGGAGAAACCUGACAGCAUAUUGUUGCCAGGCACAUCAGAAAAUGCCAAAAAAGAAGAUGCAUCAGUAGCAUAAUUGGAACAAUUUACAAGACAGAAUGAAUAUUCAGAUUCACUUGUAACCUCUUCCUUUUGCCUUUCUUUCUUUUUUUUUUUUUUUGAGACAGAUGUGAAUAUUAUACCAGGUGCUACAGAGCCAAAGCUGUAGGAUUCUACGAAGCUGGUUGCCUGCCCAUUUGAUUUUGCCAAGGCUGGCAGAGUAGAGCUCUUACUUAUGCUGGAGGGAAAUAAACUUUCUAUAGGUAUUAAGGAAAACUCUAUAGAUUUGCUUUAGAGUCAGUCAAUACAGAUUCUGUAUUCUUAGCAAAAUGUUUAAUGUUCCAAAAGUGGAGACUUUGUUAACUUCAUACCCGUGCAUUCUCAGGGUUCUGCAUAUAACUCUGCCUGAUCUACACUGUUCAUUGUUUUCCAGUAUGUUAUGAUACCUGAUACUAGUUACAUUGGCAUAGUGUCUAUUUACAUAAAGGAAUAGCACUGGAUAUCAAGGGAAGAACUUUACAUGUGUGAAAAUGUUGAAAACUUGUACUGAAGAUAAAGCCAUAUCAGGUAGAUCUACCAUUGUUGGAGCAGGUCCAGAGUUCAUAGUUCCCUUAUACCCACAGCCUUAAACUGAGUGCUGCAGUUAAAUCAUAAAUUAUUCAGUGAUUUAUAGUAACACGUGGAGGGGAGGUACUGUUUUGUUGUUUCUUAGCAACAAAAAAAAAACAUGUUGCAUAAUGAAGCUGCGUUAAGCAAAUUUCCAAUAUACAUGAAUACUACAUUUGUAAAUGUAAUUGCUCUUGAAAGCAAUACCUUUCCAGCCUUUGCUAUUCCCUGCACUGUAGGUCCUGACUACAUGUUUUACUGAAACAAUGUAGCAGCAGUCAGCUCUCCCCUUAGCCGUGACUUAAUUUCCCACAAUGUGCAUUUUCCACAGGUAGAUAAAAAAAGGUGUUACUGCAUCUAGUAACUCUAUCCACAUAAACCAAGAAUGCUGCAUGUUAAUGCAGGCAGGAAACUGUAUUACAUCAAAUAAUCCAGUGCAAUAGGUAAUGAAAAUUUCUACAUCUGUAGGCUGAUGUACAUUGCCAUUUCAUGUUCAGUUUAUAGAGAGCGAUGCAAAUACUUGCUGGUCAUUUUCUGUGCCCUUUCAUAAAAAGCAACCCUAAAAAUGAAACAUGUAAAUAUUGCCAUAUAUGUUUGCAUAUAUCCACAAAUACUUCUCACAUGAUCAUAGUACAAAGUACCCUUGCCUCUAUUAGAAAUUACACCUGUGGGUGUCAUGCUUAACUCUUUGCUGCACCACCAUGGAAUCGUAAAUAGCUUGUCGGCAAAAAUAUCACUAUUGUUUCAUUAGUGCAGCACAAGAGAUGAUACAAUGAAAGACGAAUAGUUGAAAGUAGAAUAUCUACUUAAAUAAAUCUGGUAUUUUUUGUUUACCAGGGUUAGUCACCUUGAUAACCAUAACAAAAGGACAAUCCAACAUAAUAAUAAGGUUUGUCUUUUAAAAAUAUACCACAAAAUGUAAUAGACAUGUUCUUUUAUAUGUUCUUAUCAACAUAUCAGGGAUAUUAUAUUGAUUAACCCUCAGUUUUAAAACCAGGGAAUGACUAGCUUUGGGUUAUACCUGGUGCCUGUGUCUGCAAAGCUAUGCAAAACAGAAGCACAUAACUUUUAUUGGGCGGUUUGCAUAAAAUUGAUUUCAAUUAAGCAAAUCUUUCCGUUAUUAAUGACUGUAGUGUAGCCUAAAGUAUAGUUGGUUAGAACUCUUCUGCAGUUUGGGUGUAGUACUCCUAUACUGAUAAUUGUGAUAAUAUAUUUUAGGAAAAGUUCAUUUUGAGUGGAAGCGGCUUGUGCACAUCUGGGUAUUUUUACAAAUGCUUACAUAGAAAAUUAUUCUGACAGCUUGCACUCAUACCCAGGGACGACUUCUGGAGUCAGAGGUGAUUUGUAAGAGCACCAUUGCAUGCAUUCUUACCCCCACUAUAUGUUAUGUAAUCAUGUCUGUACAUUUGAGAUCCAGAAACAUUGAAAUAUCAUAGUUUUGUACCAAUAAUGCAAUCAUUUAUUUUGAUACUUAAUAGCUUUUCUCAGCAAAUUGAAUCAUAUAUCAGAAUGACAGACCAUUACUGUCAUAAAUAUAUAUUACCCCAAUACAAUUUAUAUCCUUUCCGUUUAUUGAUUCAGGGCUCAUUGAAUUACACAUACUGAUAUUUUUUAUUAUAUUAUCAGGUAAACAAUAUAAUAGAUUACAUAUAUAUAUAUAUAACAUUUAUUUCAUGUUUCCGUUAUAUUCAUGUGCUAUCAACAGAAAGUACAUUGAGCCUCUGCUAGUUAUUGUUUACAGAGAUAAGGGGCCAUUUGACUGAAGUACAAUAACACUAAUGCACAAAACGUCCUUAAGGUGCCCAUACACGUUAAGAUCCACUUGCUAGGCGAGGUCGCCAAGCGAGCGGAUCUCCUCCCGAUAUCCCCACCUACAGAUGGGCGAUAUCGGGGAAAAUGUAGGCUAAUUCGAUCCUGGGGCCAAACAAUCAAAUUCUAAUGGUGGCAAUGGCACCGCAUCAACGAGCCAAUGCGGUCCCCAAUCCGACUAAAUCUUUUAACCUGCCAAAUCGAUAUCUGGCCAAUUUCAGGCCAGAUAUUAGUCGGGUAUGGGUGUCGUUUCCAAGGGACCGAUAUCGGCAGCUACAAUUGGUCCGUGUAUGGCCACCUUUAGUCCUAAGAGGUCUAACUGUGCUCAACACCUCACAGACUGCGCCCAUUUUUACCACCUUGCGCACUGCCACGCAGAUAGUAAAUGAACCCUAGAAGUUUUAGUGUGGUAUAGUUGUUUUCAAUGGUUUGCCAAAGGUUAAUAAAUAAACUAACAACAUAUUAUGAAAGGCCCUGAAAGACAGCAGACACUGGUGGAUUUGCUUUCUUAGCUGGGUGCCGGAACUGCAAAACUAGAGUCUGUGACAGACUUCACCCCCUAACAUUUUUGUUAUUAUUUAUAUAAAACAUAUUACUAUUCCUUUGCAGGAAGUCAAAUUGCUACCUGCUUGGUUAGGGUAAGGAGAAUAGCAACACAACUGGGGAAUGUUUAAGGCUAAUCUAAAAGCCAAUUAACGGGUAGAGUUUUUCGGAGUAUGCUUUAGAGAACGUGCAUUAGAUUUUUCUAUUCUGUCUAAGAAAUGUGCCUCAAGCAUGCUGGUAACUGAUUGCAACAGGACAGAACUGAUUCUUACUUGAAAAUUGU